AUGCAGUCUCUUGGUCGUGAGGCCGUGACAGAGAUCCUACUCGUCGUCACUGUCAUCCUCGUCAUCGUCGUCGUCAUCCUCCUCCUCGGCGUUCUCGAGCCACUCGACGAGAACCCUACACCUCUCGCGCACGGCAGCCAUGGCCUCGCCGGCCGCAGCCCUCUCGUCGCCCCACCACGCGACAAUGGCCUCCUCCUCGAGGACGUCGAGGCCGUAGAGCCGCUGCAGCAGCGCCGCGAGCACGGUGCCGGCGCGGGCGGCCUCGAGGGCGCGCACGCCGACGAGGGCCCUCUGCAGCGCGAGGACAAAGUCGCGCUGCUCGGGCUCGCCGCCGCCGACGCCGACCUCGCGGAUGAAGGACGGGGCGCCGCUGCGGGCGGCGAGGGCGGCGUCGGCGGAUCUUGA